AUGUCUCACACCAUUUUGCUGGUACAGCCUACCAAGAGGCCAGAAGGCAGGACUUAUGCAGACUAUGAGUCUGUGAAUGAGUGCAUGGAAGGUGUUUGUAAGAUGUACGAAGAACAUCUGAAAAGAAUGAAUCCCAACUGCCCCUCCAUCACAUACGAUAUCAGUCAGUUGUUUGAUUUUAUUGAUGAUCUGGCAGAUCUCAGCUGUCUUGUUUACCGAGCUGAUACACAGACGUACCAGCCUUAUAACAAAGACUGGAUCAAAGAGAAGAUCUACGUGUUCCUUCGUCCACAGGCCCAACAAGCUGGGAAGUAG